AUGCUGCACGUCAUCAUGCUGCACGUCAUCAUGCUGCACGUCAUCAUGCUGCACGUCAUCAUGCUGCACGUCAUCAUGCUGCACGUCAUCAUGCUGCACGUCAUCAUGCUGCACGUCAUCAUGCUGCACCUGUACGAGGACUCCCUAGCAGCAGCGGGCUGCCCACAGUACCUGGAGCACAUCAUCCUGCCCAUCUACCUCCGUCUCCUCGUGCGCCCUCAUGAAUCCCCCCUUGAUUUCCUCCCCACCCUCUCCCCCACACCUUAUUCCCAGGUACGAGGACUCGCUAGCAGCAGCGGGCGGCCCACAGUACCUGGAGCACCUCAGCCUGCCGCCUUCCUGCACGCCCAUCUACCUCUUCCUCCUCCCCACACACCUCAACCUGCCGCCCUCCUGCACGCCCAUCUACCUCUUCCUCCUCGUGCGCCCUCCUCGCCCUCCCUGGCCUUGCAUCCCUGCCUGCCUUACCUGCCCAACGUGCCGGUCUGCCCUGUCGCGGCUGCCUGCCUGACCUGCCUACGGCCCUGCUCCCCAUGUUCCCCUGUGCUGCCUGCCGUUCCUUGCACUUUCUCUCCGUCUUCCCGUCCUUCCCAUCCCCACGUGUGUCUCCGAUCCCCGCCCUUCCCUCUCGUCCCCUCGUUCCAGGCCAGGCACGGAGCAAGGGAGCCCACAAAGCGUCGCGUGCACCAGUUGAACGACCUCACCCCCAAGCUCAGACGCGCCUUUGCUGCCCCGCUGCUGCCUUCCACUUCCCUGUCACUCUCGUCUCAUCAGCUGAACGACCUCGCGCCCAAGCUCAGACGUGCUUUUGCUGCCUCUCUAUGCCAUCCUGUGCUGCCCGUGUGUCUCCCUCUGCUGCCCUCUGCGCCUCAUGCGAGGCACGGAGCAAGGGAGCCCACCAAGCGUCGCGUGCACCAGCUGAACGACCUCGCGCCCAAGCUCAGACGCACCUUUGCUGCUGCCUCCGCUGCCGCCUCUAGAUCUUUUGCCUCUGCACCUGUUCUUUCGGCUGCCUCUGCCUCUGCUGACUCUUCUGCCACUGCCUCUGCAAGAACAUCUGCUGCAGCCCAGUCACGUCUACGUCUCCCACAGUGGAUGCGGGGCUACCAGUCGCCCUGGGAAGGGAUGCAGGGGGGAGGCGAGCUGUUGCGGGAGGGAGAGGAGGAGCUGUAUCGCAUGGGGGGGCGGUUCAAGAGGCGGUUUCCUUCUCUGCUCGGGGGUUCGUAUCACAGCAAGGCCGUCAAGCUGUUCUCCACGCAGGUAGCGCGCUCAGCUGCCAGUGCAGUCGCCUUUGCCAUCGGCCUCCUAGAGAACUCCGGCUCCCUCACGCCCGCGCGUCUCCGCGCCUUCCCAGUAAUUUCCGAGACCCAGGAAGGCGACACGAAGCUUCGGUUCCACAACCUGUGCGGCGCGUACGUGGCAGUGAAGGAGAACGCCCAGGGGCGGCUGGAUGAAGGGUGGGAGGUUUUAUGGGGGGAAAUUGCCCGCGAUAUUAACAAACAGCUUGGGUUAGUCCCUGAAUCACCUGAGGCACACAAGAAAGAGGAGGGGGUGCGAGGGGAGGUUGCAGGGGAUGGGAAUGAGCAGCUGGGGUUGGGAUAUGGAGGGUUGCAGGGGGGUGGAAUGGACGGUCAGGAUGCGUGGCUGGAGGCGUCUGGAGUUGAUCUGACGGCGUACGAUGUGAGUGGGCUUUGGCUGCAGUGCAAGCACGAGGCAGGGGUGCUGCUGAGAGGAGGGGGAGGGGGGGAAGAAGGAGAAGGGAAAGAUACUCACACACAAGAAGCACACACCAACAGAAACCAGGAAGGUGCGAAUUCUUAUUGGCUGGGCUCGGCCUCCCGCGCGUGUGGGCUCUUCUCGGCGCGCCACCUGGCGGUGCUGGAGUGGAUUGAUGACGUGGACACGUUCAUGCAGAAGGGGUAUGGGCGGGAGAUUAACUACCACAUGGGUCUAAAGCUGCUGCAGGAACUAAGCGAGAGAAUGGUCAAUGCGCGGCUUAGGAGUCUCUGGGAGGAAGGGAGCUUGGGGGGGGCAGCUGAUGGGGUGGGGGUAGGGGGAGUUGGGAGAGGUGGAGGGGACGGGAAAGGAGGAGAUGGAAGUGGGGAAGGAGGGAAAGGAGGGGGAAGGGAGGGUUGGGAAGAAGGGGAAGAAGGGGAAGAAGGGGAAAAAGGAGAAGGAGGGGUGGAGGGAUGGGACUCCUCCAACGAGGCCGCCACUAAAGAGGAUGAAAGCGACCACCAGAAAGAAAAGCAGCAGCAGCAACAGCAGCAGCAGCAGCAGCAGCAGCAGCAGCAGCAGCAGCAGCAGCAGCAGCAGCAGCAGCAGCAGCAGCAGCAGCAGCAGCAGCAGCAGCAGCAGCAGCAGCAGCAGCAGCAGCAGCAGCAGCAGCAGCAGCAGCAGCAGCAGCAGCAACAGCAGCAGCAGCAGCAGCAACAGCAGGAGAAGGAAGGGCCUCACCGUGACAAAUACGAUCUGCUAAUGGCGAAGGUAGCCACUACAAUCACGCAGCAGUUCGCCCCACCAGUGCCUCUGCCGCCUGCGCCUCCAUCCCACCGGCGCUGGCAGGCCAGCCAGAUCGCACCCUAUGCUGCCAACACUGCAGUCAUUCUCUUCAGCUCCUGUGAUUCUCAUGGUGGCGGCGGCGGCGGCAGCGGCGGCAGCAGCAGUGGUGUUGGAGGAGAGGGGACCUCGGAGACAACUGCUAUCAUGGACUCUGAUCAAGAUGCUACAGCGGCGUUGACAGAUGGCUUUGCAGUGGCAGUGAUGCACAACGAGCGCUUUGUGCCGCUGCCGGUGAGCUGGACUGGACUGCUUGCUUGCUUGCUGGUUGGGUGA